AUGCCCUCCUCAUAUAGCAUCUGGAAGAACCUUCUGCUGCUCGCUGCCUACAUGGGCGCGGUGCAGGCCCAGAAAGUUGGCACGCAGAAGACCGAAACUCAUCCUGCCAUGACCUGGCAGACAUGCAACAGCAGCGGCACCUGCACAACCAACAAAGGCCAGGUCGUCAUCGACGCCAACUGGCGGUGGGUGCACACCGUUGAGGGGUACACCAACUGCUACACGGGCAACACCUGGGAUUCCAAAAUCUGUCCGGACGACGAGACCUGCGCCGAGAACUGCGCUGUAGAUGGCGCCGAUUACCAGGCCACCUACGGGGCGAGCACCUCCGGUGACGCCCUUCGCCUGAACUUCGUGACCCAAGGCGCGCAGAAGAACAUCGGCUCGCGUCUCUACCUCAUGAAGGACGAGAAUACCUACGAAAUGUUCAAGCUGCUGAACCAGGAGUUCACCUUUGACGUCGACGUCUCCAACCUGCCCUGUGGCCUGAACGGCGCUCUCUACUUCGUCUCCAUGGACGCCGACGGUGGAAAGUCCAAGUACCCCACCAACGAAGCUGGCGCCAAAUACGGCACGGGCUACUGUGACUCCCAGUGCCCGCGCGACCUGAAGUUCAUCAACGGCAAGGCCAACGUGGAGGGCUGGGAGGCGUCCGAGAACGACGCCAACGCGGGCACAGGCCACCACGGCUCGUGCUGCGCUGAGAUGGACAUCUGGGAGGCCAACAGCAUCUCGACCGCCUACACCCCGCACCCCUGCGACGUCCCCGAGCAGGUUAUGUGCGAGGGCGACGCCUGCGGCGGCACGUACAGCAAGGACCGCUACGCGGGCACCUGCGACCCCGACGGAUGCGAUUUCAACUCGUUCCGCCAGGGCGACAAGACUUUCUACGGGCCUGGCAUGAAGAUCGACACCAAGAGCAAGGUGACGGUCGUGACGCAGUUCAUCACCUCUGACAACACCGCGACCGGCACUCUGUCCGAGAUCCGCCGGUUCUACGUGCAGAACGGGAAGGUGAUCCCCAACUCGGAGUCGACCUACUCCGAGGCCCCUGGCAACUCGAUCACGGAGUCGUUCUGCAGCGCCCAGAAGAAGCUCUUCGGCGAUACCAAUGUCUUUGAGAAGCACGGCGGCAUGGCGGGCAUGGGCGCUGCCCUGCAGGAGGGCAUGGUGCUCGUCAUGAGUCUCUGGGAUGACCACAAUUCCAACAUGCUGUGGCUGGACAGCAACUACCCCACAGACAAGGCGUCCACCGUUCCCGGCGUUGCCCGCGGUACCUGCGAUAUCUCGUCGGGUGUUCCCGAAGACGUUGAGAGCAAUGACGCCGACUCGUCGGUCGUCUACUCCAACAUCAAGGUCGGACCCAUUGGCUCGACCUUCAAGGGCUCGACUGGCGGCGACGGUGGCUCCACGACAACCGUACGCCCUCCCACCUCGACCACCACUGGUGGUGGCAGCAGCGAGACGGGACUGGCGGCGCACUACGGCCAGUGUGGUGGCAUUGGCUGGAAGGGGCCAACCAAGUGCGAGAGCCCGUAUGUUUGCACCAAGUCGAAUGACUUCUACUCGCAGUGUCUGUAA